GAUUUUUCACUUUUUAGAGAUGUUCCAGUUGGUUGCAGUAAAUCUCCCUCGCUGUGGAGACCAGCAAAUAGAGGCACGAGAACUCUCUGCUGUGCUCAGCAAUGUCGAUUCCAAUCCUGAAGCUACCUGUUUUGGUAAAGGGGGGGAAUACAUUGCUUCGGCUAAAUGUUUACAACUUGAAGUGUAUUUCUUUAAAAAGCAGAAGGCUUACAAGUUUUAUUUGAGUGCAAGCUGUAAGAAAGGGGCAAGGAACGUUUUCACAUGCAUUUCUUGUCAUCCUAAAGAGGACUGCAUUGCAACUGGUCAUGUUGAUGGCAAGAUUCGCCUGUGGAGAAACUUCAACCACAAUAAGGAGUACACUUACUCCACCUUACACUGGCACCACAAUACAGUCAACUCACUUUGUUUUACGCCAGAAGGCACAAACUUGCUUAGUGGAGGGUCUGAGUCUGUACUGGUUCAGUGGCGCUACACACAGGAGAACCAGAAGGAGUUUCUGCCUCGUCUUGGUGCCACCAUUACACACAUCACAGUGUCACCAGAUGGGACGCUCUGCUGCACUUCGCACUCUGACAACAAGAUUUCAAUCAUCCAGGACGGUGUUAAUGUGUCUGCCAUCAUUCAGGGUCUGGUUAAAGAUGAGAAAGUGUGGACGGAUCUAGUGAUUGACCCGCGGAGUAAAGCUUUAGUGCUCAAUGGUAAACCAGGACAUCUGCAGUUCUAUUCUCUCCAGCAAGACAAGCAGCUGUACAAUUUAGAUAUUGUACAGCAGGAGUACAUUCAUGAGGCAGGAUUGGACCAGUUUGAAGUAGUCAAAGCUACAUUUGAUGCCUACGGUGACUGGCUUGCAACGGUGGAACAGAGAAGACAGGAAGGCUCUGGGCCGGAGAUCAAUUUGAAACUCUGGGCAAAUGAUGAACAGACACAGAGUUUUGUGCUGAACACCACUGUCUCGGCCCCCCACGAGGACAGGAUUACAGCCAUGUGCUUCUGCCCUCUGCCAGAGACCACCAUGCUUGUGACCGCCAGCCAAGACAGCAGCUUCAAAGUUUGGCUGCUGGCAGACCAGUCAGACAUGAAUGACGACGUUAACUCCUGGUCGUGUUACUUUGUGGGAAGAUAUCACCACUUGAAGCCUGAGUGUUGCUGCUUCUCGGCAGACGGCUCCUUACUGGCUGUGGGCUUUCAGGAGGUGGUGACUGUGUGGAGUUCUGCCUCUUGGGAACUGGUGACCACUUUUUCUAAGCCCCCAGGAACAAUCAGGGACAUUUGUUUUGGACGACUGAGCUGUUCCAAGUAUCUGCUUGGAACAACCACAAACAACCUCUGCUGUUGGAAUCUCCUCACCUGUGCAUUGGAGUGGAGUACCUCCAUGGAUGUGUCUCUUCUCGUGGCUGACCCCCUGUCUGAGCACAUGGCUGCCUUUAGCUGUCAAGCUGGCAGCACAGACUUGUUCGUGUUCAAGCCGAGGGAGCCAAGAACAUUCUUUUCCCAUAAGGCUUUGUGCACAGGUAAGGUGCAGCGUGCUAUAUUCGCCCCCCGAGGUGAGAUGCUGGACAGCUGCGAUGAGCGUACCAAGUGGCUCAACAGAUCCCAGCUUUAUUUCCUUACCCAACACAUGGAUCUAAUGACUUUUACUACCGAAACUAACCAGGACAGGCUUGUGGCAUCUACUAAACAGCUUGUUACCGAUGACUGCGUUGCUGUGACGCCAUUCUACCUGCUGCUCGGAAAACACAGGCUGCAGCAGAAGGAAAUUAAUGACAGUCUAAGCAGUCUUGCUACUGGAAGGACUCUACCCUCUAAGAGCUCUGCCAUUAAUGAGCUGCUGCAAACCCCAGCCCACGUCCUGCCAUCGGUCUCUUUCCUGUGUUCCAUGUUUGUGCAUUCCUUCUUAAUCUCCAUCACUGAGAACAGCACAAGACAUGAAAAGGAACCUAUUGCAGAGGAAGUGGAGAAAGAGGAAGAGGACUCUGGUGAGGAACAGGGGGCCCCUGUUCCCAGGCAUGAAUUUACAUCAAGAAAACGGGGACCAGUUGAGGAACCAGAGCUUAGGAAAGCCCAAGACAGGGAACUGAGGAGAGUGAAAAAAAAUGACCACAGCUGGCUCAGCAGCCUCCUUAACUCCUAAUCCAAGUCCAAAAAAAGAUCCAAGUUUUGUAACCUAUUGAAAGGCUUAUCAUUAUUGACAUUUAAUUUUCAAGGAUUUAGUAGACUUUAUACAAUUCAUAAUCUAGUACAAGUUAAUUGUUUAAGAAUGGCGUGUGAAGAAUAUAUGGCAUAUAGAAUAAUAAAAAUGUUUUCUCCCAAA